UAAAAAAAAAAAACCUAGGAUUAACUCGAUCGCCUCUCAUUCCGGAAUUCCGACGCGCCGCCCUUCUGUCGCCGGCGAUGGAGGACGUUUGUGAGGGCAAGGACUUCUCGUUUCCGAAGCAGGAGGAGUCCAUCCUCCGCUUCUGGUCGUCCAUCCGUGCCUUCGAGACCCAACUCAAGCGCACCGAGGCAAUGCCGGAGUAUGUCUUUUACGAUGGCCCGCCCUUCGCCACCGGGCUCCCCCACUACGGCCAUAUUCUCGCAGGUACUAUCAAGGACGUCGUCACCCGCUACCAGUCCAUGAACGGACGUCACGUCACUCGCCGCUUCGGCUGGGAUUGCCACGGCCUCCCUGUCGAGUUCGAGAUCGACAAGAAACUCGGCAUACGUAGCCGGGACGACGUCUUCGCAAUGGGUAUCGCCGCGUAUAAUGAGGAGUGUCGCUCUAUCGUCACGCGGUACGUGAAUGAAUGGGAGCAGGUGAUCACGCGCACGGGCCGGUGGAUCGAUUUCAAGGACGAUUACAAGACGAUGGACCUCAACUUCAUGGAGUCGGUGUGGUGGGUGUUCGCUCAGCUGUGGGAGAAGGAUCUUGUGUACCGCGGGUUCAAGGUCAUGCCUUACAGCACCGGGUGCAGGACGCCACUCUCAAACACUGAAGCCGGGAUGAAAUAUAAGGAUGUCUCGGACCCUGCAAUCAUGGUGUCAUUUCCAAUAGUUGGUCAUCCUGAUAAUGCGGCGCUUGUAGCAUGGACAACUACUCCAUGGACACUUCCUAGCAAUCUUGCUCUGUGUGUCAACGCUGAUUUUGUGUAUGUAAAGGUCCGAGAAAAAACAUCAGGUGCAAUAUACAUUGUUGCAGAAUCUCGGCUGUCCCAGUUGCCUAGCAAAAAGUCAAAAUCAGAAUCAGCUGGAGCAGUUGUGCCUCCACAAGACAAGUCAUCAGCCAACUCUAAGAGCAAGGGAACCACCAACAGUAAAACCAAGAGUGGCGUUGAUGCUGGAUCAUAUCAGUUAGUGGAGAAAUUAACAGGCGCUUCUUUGGUUGGAUUGAAAUAUGUUCCUCUGUUUGAUUACUUCUUGAAGUAUUCGGAGACAGCCUUCAGGGUAAUUGCAGACAGUUAUGUAACUGAUGAUAGUGGAACUGGUGUUGUUCAUUGUGCACCAGCUUUUGGUGAAGAUGAUUACCGGGUCUGUGUGUCUUCUGGUAUAAUUAAGGAUGUGGAUCUUUUUGUGGCAGUCGACGCUGAUGGUUGCUUUACUAAAGAUGUAUCCGAUUUCUCUGGGCGCUAUGUUAAGGAUGCUGAUAAAGAUAUUAUAAAUUCAAUUAAGGUGAAAGGAAGACUUGUCGAUAACAAAAGUAUGGUGCAUUCUUAUCCUUUUUGCUGGAGAUCAGACACUCCCCUUAUAUAUCGAGCGGUUACUAGUUGGUUUGUUUCAGUUGAGAAGAUUAAGGAACAGUUGUUAGAAAGUAACAAGCAGACACAUUGGAUCCCUGAAUAUGUGAAGGAAAAAAGGUUUCAUAAUUGGCUUGAAAAUGCUAGAGAUUGGGCUGUUAGCCGAACUAGGUUUUGGGGCACUCCUCUGCCUAUUUGGGUCAGUGAGGAUUUCAUUGAGAAGAGAGUUAUUGGUUCUAUUAGUGAACUUGAGAAGCUAUCUGGUGCUAAGGUUACUGAUCUUCAUCGUCACAAUAUUGAUCAUAUAACCAUUCCCUCUGAACGUGGUCCAGAGUUUGGUGUUCUUCGUCGUGUGGAUGAUGUUUUCGACUGUUGGUUUGAGAGUGGAUCAAUGCCAUAUGCUUAUAUUCAUUACCCUUUUGAGAAUGCUGAACUCUUUGAAAAGAACUUUCCUGGACACUUUGUGGCUGAGGGAAUUGACCAAACCCGAGGAUGGUUCUAUACACUUAUGGUGCUAUCUACGGCAUUGUUUGGGAAGCCAGCAUUUAGAAAUCUCAUCUGCAAUGGUCUUGUGUUGGAUGAGCAUGGGAAGAAAAUGAGUAAAAGUUUGAAGAACUAUCCAUCGCCAACUGAAGUCAUAGGCGAUUAUGGAGCGGAUGCAUUGCGAUUAUAUUUGGUUAAUUCUCCUGUAGUACGUGCUGAGAAUUUGCAGUUCAAAAAGAAUGGCGUGUAUAAUGUUGUCAAAGAUGUCUUCCUUCCGUGGUAUAAUGCAUAUAGAUUCCUUGUGCAAAAUGCAAAAAGGCUUGAGGUUGAGGGUCCCACAUCCUUUGUUCCAGCGCAUUAUGAAACUCUUCAUAACUCUUCAAAUGUGCUUGACCAAUGGAUAAAUUCAGCUACUGAAAGUUUAAUUCAAUUUGUUCGUCAAGAAAUGGAUGCUUAUCGGCUGUACACGGUCAUCCCAUAUCUUUUGAAGUUCAUUGACAAUCUUACCAACAUAUAUGUGCGGUUUAAUCGAAAGAGAUUGAAGGGGCGUACAGGAGAAGAAGACUGCAUAAUGUCGCUUUCGACUUUGUAUAAUGUACUUUUAACUACCUGCAAAGUGAUGGCUCCAUUCACUCCUUUCUUCACAGAGGUUCUUUAUCAAAACCUUCGGAAGGUCUCUGAUGGAUCUGAGGAAAGCGUUCAUUAUUGUAAUUUUCCUUCAACAAUAGGGAAGAGGAACAAGCGCAUUGAACAAAGUGUCAUGAGGAUGAUGACCGUCAUUGACCUGGUGCGCAACAUUCGGGAGCGUCACAGUAAACCUCUCAAAACACCACUCAAGGAAAUGAUUGUUGUUCAUCCUGAUUCAGACUUCCUUGAAGAUAUUACUGGAAAGUUGAGGGAGUAUGUGAUGGAGGAGCUCAAUGUUAAAUUAGUGGUUCCUUGCAAUGAUCCUUUGAAGCAUGCUUCAUUACGGGCUGAGCCUGAUUUUAGUGUAUUAGGUAAAAGAUUGGGGAAGGCAAUGGGUGCUGUGGCUAAGGAGGUUAAAGCAAUGUCUCAGGCUGACAUACUGUUAUUUGAGCAAUCUGGGGAAGCCACUUUCUCAGGGCAUUGCCUGAAGCAGGAUGAUAUAAAGAUAUUGCGGGAGUUCAAACGGCCUGCUGGUAGCACAGAAAAGGAGAUUGAUGCUGCUGGAGAUGGUGAUGUUUUGGUUGUAUUGGAUUUAAGAGCUGACGAAUCAUUGUUUGAUGCAGGAGUUGCUCGAGAGGUUGUCAGCCGCAUUCAGAAAUUGCGCAAGAAAGCUGGUUUGGAUCCCACUGAUGUCGUGGAGGUAUACUAUGAACCUCUUGGCAAAAAUAAAAAUAUCUUGGAGAAAAUUGUGGAUUCCCAGGACGAAUACAUCAAAGAUGCUCUUGGGUCCCCUUUACUUCACGAAAAAUACACUCCUGCUGAUGCUGUGAUUUUGUGCCAGGAGGAAUUUCAGGUCUUGCUAUCCCAUGAGGAACCACCUAAUGUCUCCUUUGUUAUCAGCAUAGCAAAGCCUGCUCUUGUGUUUGAUACCGAAGCCAUUGUUGCACUAUAUUCAGGGGAUAAGAAGCUUGCUGAUAAUUUACAAACAUAUUUGUUAUCAAGAGAAGUUUCCAAUUUGAAAUUAGAGUUUCAAGGUGGAAAUGGAAAGAUCAAGGUAGAUUGUUUUCAGAAUCAACCUGUGGUUGAGUUGGAGCUAGAAAAGCAUGUCUUUCUCAGCGUAGCAGAUUCCUACUUGAGAAGGAAGGAACUAUUGAAUUAUUAAAUGACAGGUUAUUGUGAAGUUCUUCCUAAUGUAUUGGUAUUCAAUAAUUUAGUUUAUAGGUAAGUAUUUCUGCUGGGGAGUAUGUUAUUUAUAUUGAUAGCCUGCGUAGGCUGAUUAAUUAGGCACUAAUUAGAAAGAAAUAGGAGCAAAUCAAUUUUAGGGUAGUUUUAACAUUUUGGUUGAAUUAUUUUAAACAAUGUUUCCUUCAGUACCUCAGUGGUAUAAUCCCAGUAGUUUUAACAGCAAAGAUUUUAAUGA